AUGGCUGACGAGAUAAGUUCACUUGUGAAAGAGAAAUACGCUGCUUACUUAGUAGAUGGUACAAAGGCUGUAUGUCUCACAUUCGUGUCCGAUACUGACGAAAUUGUAUCGGCCCAGAAGUAUCAUCCGGAAUUCGUUUAUCAACAUUUUGGCGAAAAUGAGACAAUCUUUGGCUACAAGGAUUUGGAGGUGAUUUUGCACCACACCGAUGCAUCGAUGUACAUUUAUGUUCAACUAAAGUACACAUCUGAUAUUUCAUCAAUAACGCCCGAAUUCAAGCCCGACGACAUAUUACUCAAAUUGAGGGAACAACUACCGGCAGAGCAAAUGUCUGCAAUGUGCCCGACGAUGGCCUCAUUUAAAGCUCAUGAGCGCGAGAUGCAGGUUUGGAAGGUGGAUGAAAGUUCGCCAGCUUUCGAUGCCUAUUUGGCUCGAGUUCAGACACUUGCUUUAUGGUACAUUGAAGGUGCCGAGUACACUGAUAACACCGAUACACGAUGGCAGCAUUAUUUCCUCUAUGAAUCAGUAAAAAUGAGUGAUGGAUGUCGUCGUUUCGUGCUUGCCGGAUACUCAUCAAUUGUAAGAUUCUAUAAUUAUCCGGAUAGGGUGCGCCCGAGAAUUGCUCAUAUGCUGUUGCUGCCAGCUUUUCGCCAUGCAGGCAAUGGUGGCCGAUUUUUGCAGGCAGUUUACAGUGAUUUGAUAAACGACUCGAAAGUUCAUGACAUUACAGUUGAAGAACCAGCAGAAUCGUUCAUAAGGACGCGAGAUUUUGUGGAUUGCUGCAACUGUUCACGGUUGAAGGAAUUUCAAGCGGAAAAUUUAAAGAAAGGUUUUAGUAAGGAGAUGGAAAAUGCUGCGCUCCAACGAUUUAAAAUACACCCAAGGCAGGCCCGACGAGUUUACGAAAUACUACGCCUGCACAACACAAAUGUCCGCGAUGAGAAUGCAGUGAAGGAGUACCGGCUGGAUGUAAAAAGAAGGCUCGAAAAACCUUUCAGAAGAAGUGAGAGAAGUGAACGAAGGUGCAGUAAGCUUUCAAAAGCUGUGAAUGGGGAACUGUAUUCAACGUUGAUGAAAAUGGAGCUGACCAAAGAGCAGAAGCUGGCAAAACUGCAGCAAUUGUACGAGGAAGAGAUUGAUGGCUAUAAAAAAGUGAUUAAACGACUGCUUCAGUAUUCCAAUGUUAUAAUUUGA